CUCUCACCCUUGUUUCCCUUUCUUCUUCUCCUCCCUAUCCACCUCUUCAAAGCCCCCUCCCCCUCCCUCUAUCUUUUUUCGUCCUCCGUUUAAUUUCUUUCUCUCACCAAAAUUCCCUCUAAAACGUCCCUGAAAAAUAAGCACUUAUUUGCAGGAGUACCAGUGACGCCAAAACCUUCUACUCUCACAAGCUUAUGACUUCAAAUCAUCUGUUCAAGUUUCUUGCAAACCUGUAGAAGAGACAUACACAAAUAGAUUCAAAGUUUCCAAGGAAUAUAUAUUAAUUGCUCAAAAUGUUCCAACCAAACAUUUUUGAGGGUCAUGAUCACAUGUUCGAUAUGACCCCAAAAACCUCUGAGAGCGAAUUGGGGAGGAUGAGAGAUGAAGAUUACGAGAAUAGAUCAGGGACUGAAACCACCGAUGCUCCAUCCGGAGAUGAGCAAGAUCCUAGCGGCCACCGCGCUAAGAGGAAGCGCUACCAUCGCCACACGCAGCGCCAAAUCCAAGAAAUGGAAGCUUUCUUCAAGGAGUGUCCACACCCGGAUGAUAAACAAAGGAAGGAGCUAAGCCGAGAGCUAGGGUUAGAACCUUUACAAGUCAAAUUUUGGUUCCAAAACAAGCGCACACAAAUGAAGGCGCGAAUUGAACACCAUCAAAAUCAAAUUUUGAAGGCUGAGAACGAUAAGCUUUGUGCGGCCAACUCUAAGUACAAGGAAGCCUUAGGCAAUGCAACAUGCCCUAACUGUGGUGGACCUGCCACUAUUGGUGAAAUUUCCUUUGAUGAGCAGCAUUUGAGGAUCGAGAAUGCUCGUUUAAGAGAUGAGAUUGAUAGGAUAUCAAGCAUUGCUUCAAAGUAUGUUGGAAAGCCAUUAUCUUCAUUUUCCAACAUUUCCCAAUUGCCUUCCCCUUCGCUUGAUCUUGGGUUUGGCAACUUUGGGACUCAAUCGGGCUUGGUAGGUGAAAUGUAUGGAGCUGGUGAUCCCCUUAAAAUAAUGGCUGUGCAAACUGAGGCUGACAAGCAAGUGAUUGUUGAGCUUGCUAUUGCAGCAAUGGAGGAACUAAUGAGAAUUGCUCAGGCUGGAGAACCAUUGUGGAUUCCCAAUGAGAACAAUACCGAAGUGUUGAAUGAAGAUGAGUAUGUUAGAACUUUUCCAAGGGGAAUCGGGCCAAAACCGUUGGGAUUAAGAUCUGAAGCUUCGAGGGAGUCUGCGGUUGUUAUCAUGAAUCAUGUUAGCCUUGUUGAGAUGCUCAUGGAUGUGAACCAAUGGUCAAGUGUUUUCUGUGGUGUCUUAUCAAGAGCGUAUACCCUAGAAGUUCUAUCAAUAGGAGUGGCAGGGAACUACAAUGGAGCCUUGCAAGUGAUGACUGCUGAAUUCCAAGUUCCUUCACCUCUUGUUCCGACUCGAGAGUAUUAUUUUCUGAGGUACUCUAAACAACACCCCGAUGGUACUUGGGCAGUAGUUGAUGUUUCCUUGGACAGUUUACGCCCUAUUCCAAUGUCUGGGGGUCGAAGAAGGCCAUCAGGUUGUCUGAUCCAAGAAUUGCCAAAUGGUUACUCUAAGGUUAUUUGGGUUGAGCAUGUAGAAGUGGAUGAUAAAUCUGUUCAAAGUAUAUAUGAACCUCUAGUCAAUUCCGGUCUUGCAUUUGGAGCGAAACGCUGGCUGGCCACCUUAGAUCGACAAUGUGAACGCAUUGCAAGUUCACUUGCCAGCAACUUUCCUACAGAAGAUCUCUUGAUAACAAGUCCUGAAGGAAGAAAGAGUAUGUUGAAGCUUGCAGAAAGGAUGAUAAUGAGCUUUAGCAGUGGUGUUAGUGCUUCUACUGCACAUUCUUGGACAACAAUAUCAGCUACUGGUUCUGAUGAUGUAAGAGUCAUGACCAGAAAAAGUUUGGAUGAACCAGGCAGGCCUCCGGGUAUCGUGCUUUGCGCUGCAACUUCCUUCUGGAUUCCAGUUCCCCCCAAAAGAGUCUUUGAUUUCCUUAGAAACGAGAACUCGCGAAGUGAGUGGGAUAUUCUUUCAAAUGGCGGCCUAGUUGUAGAGAUGUCACACAUCGCCAAUGGUCGCGAUCCGGCCAAUUGUGUCUCCCUUCUUCGCGUUAAUAGUGCGAAUUCGAGCCAGAGCAACAUGCUGAUACUACAAGAGAGUUGCAGUGAUUCAAUAGGGUCAUAUGUAAUCUAUGCGCCAGUCGACAUUGUUUCGAUGGAUGUGGUCUUAGGCGGCGGGGAUCCAGAUUAUGUGGCACUCCUGCCAUCAGGUUUUGCAAUAUUUCCCGAUGGACCCGGAUUGAACAAUCAUGGAGGAAUUCUUGAUGAUGUUGGGAGUAAUGGAGGGUCUCUACUGACAGUGGCGUUUCAGAUCUUGGUUGAUUCAGUGCCAACUGCCAAACUGUCUCUUGGAUCAGUUGCAACAGUGAACAAUCUAAUUAAGUGCACAGUUGAAAGGAUCAAGGCUGCCGUCAUGUGUACUGACAAUGCAUGACUGGUGAAGAAGAAGAAUGGCAAGGAAGAUAUGGUGGUUUGCUUUUCAAAUACAG